AACAACAACAUCGCCAAAACAACAAUCGAAUUGAGCGUGUAUGGUCGCCAUCACAGCAUAAAUUCUGCACAACCUGUCCUUAUCACUUGAAGUGGAGUUAGUUAUUUCUGAUCUGAAGACUCCACGAAUACAUUCCAUCUCCGAUCCGUGUGCUAAAAUGUUGGUCAACCAGGAAAUACCCUUAGACUCCAAGGUGCUGGAGAAGGUGUACGUGAAUUUACGCAGCGUGGAGCGUUCGGUUGACCUGUUGACAUCGGCGCUUAUCAACAAACAUUCGUCGUCACCGACGCAGUUGCUCCACUGGACCCUGAAGGCCCUAAGCCUUACCGAUCUGACAACGCUGAGCGGCGACGAUACCGCUGCCAAUGUCGAUCGGUUGUGCUUCCGGGCGGCCUAUCCCUUCUCGGAACGGUGCGUCGAUUCGAAACUGUAUGGGAAAAUUCAUACGGCUGCCGUGUGCGUGUAUCCGAGCCGGGUUGCUGAUGCCCAUCGGACGCUCAAACGGCUAGGGAAGCUGGACGACAUUCAGAUCGCUGCUGUGGCCACCGGUUUCCCAUCGGGGUCCUAUCCACUGCACAGCCGGCUGGCCGAGAUAACGUACGCCAUCGAGAAGGGAGCCACCGAGAUUGACAUCGUUGUCGAUCGGAGUCUGGUGCUGAACAACCGCUGGGAGGACCUGUACCGGGAAAUUGUCGCCAUGCGUCACGCGUGCGGAGAUCAGGCACAUUUGAAAACCAUUCUCGGCAUCGGCGAAUGCGGAACGAUGGUCAAUGUUUACAAAGCUUCCAUGGUAGCGAUGAUGGCCGGAUCGGACUUCAUUAAAACGUCGACAGGAAAAGAAGCUGUAAAUGCUACUCUGCCAGUGGGACUGGUAAUGAUUCGUGCCAUUCAGGAGUUUUAUCGGCUUACGGGUAAAAAGAUAGGUCUGAAACCAGCUGGAGGAGUGAGAACUGUUAAAGAUGCUGUAGCGUGGAUGGUCAUGAUUCAGGAGACUCUCGGAGAGGAAUGGUUGAAGCCGGAGCUGUUUCGUUUCGGAGCUUCCGGUUUGUUGGACGAUGUCGAAAAACAGUACUACACUCUUACCGAAAAACUGAACAAUAAGAACACCGCUUGUUAAAUUUGGUUUGGGUGAAGUUGGAAUUUAUUUAAAAGUAUAUUUGUACAAUAACAAUAAAUAA